AAUAACGUUGCCCUUUGGUAUUGGAGAUAACGUAACAAAUAACGGUUCAAAUGCGUUUUUUACGUUAGUCGUUCGGUCGCAUUUUACAAUGACAGUCAUCAGUAAAGAGUUCUUUUACAAGCAAGUUUCAGAUGGAAUCGAUUGCAGUAUUUUGCAUCCGUGGAUGGACGAAUGCGUGCCAGCAAAUGCUUACUUAAUGGUUCAGGCAGCUAUAGGAUGCACGAAAUUCUUCUUUCCUCUCUAUUUGGCUCAAGUGAUUUUAAAUAGACAUAACAUCAAUUGGAGGAGACUCGUGAAAAGUUACAUCCGAACUCUAAUUUACAGCGUCAGUUUCGUUGGAUUCUUCAUGAUCUCCAAUUGCAUCCAAUGCUGGUAUUUUGGUAGAUUACAUUACUACAGCCUCGCAUUAGCUUCAGGAUUCUUCGCCGGUCUACCUAUAUUCAUUGAAUCCCCCGUUAACAUAAACUUAAACACCCUAUACUUCUUCAAUAUGUUCUUAGAAGCAGUGGUGAUGAAUCUGGAGAGUAUUGGGAAAAUAACGAGGACGAAAACAAAAGACACUUUAGCAUUUAUGACCUGCUCCUCGAUUCUGAUGUACCUCUUCGAUACGCAAAGCUGCAAACCGUACAACAAUUUAUGGUUUUAUCAGCAGAAGAACAGUACGGAACGGAACCGGGACAAUUGCGCGCAUAAAGAUAAUUGUCACAUGCACAUUCUCAAGGGUAUUAUUCAAUAUUUCGGAGUGGGAUUCGGUUUGGAAGUAAUUAAAUUCGCGUUGACGAAAUUUCAAGCGUUAAUGAAGGAUCCGAAACUGCUCAUAACAAUGUUGCUCAAUAAAAAUAACCUGUUCUUUGGACUGGUGACAGGUGGAUACGUAGGAAUCUUCCGGCUUGUUAACUGUCUAUUGACUAAAAUGGAUAAAAGGGAGAGAGGUUACCACAAAGCAUUGGCUGGUUUCGUCUCUGGGAUAACUUAUUGCAUCAAACCCAAUCUUCAGUUUGGAAUCACUGCGUUCGCUACAAUCGUACAGUUAUUGAUUCAACGUGCUGAAAGGAAAAUUCCGAUCCCGUCGGAAUCCGUGGGUGUCCUGUUCGCCGUUCUGAAUGCUCUCCUCUUCCACAAUCGCUUCAUGUACGCUGACACGUGUCCCAAAUACAUCACGAAUAUGACCAAAGUGUGCACAAACGGACUCGAUACGAAGACUGUUGAAUUUCUUUUAGAUCAUAUGUUUGCUGUGUAAAAAGUGACGUAUGAAGAUUAAAGUGUUUAUGUAACUGUAGGAAGUGCAUGUAAACAUU